UAUAUUUUAUAUAUGUUCUAUAUUUUUAUACUUUUAUAAAUUUUAAAAUUUAUAUAAUAAAUUUUAUAAUAUAAGAUUUUUAUAAAGUUAAAUCAUAUAUGUUUGAUUUUGAUUUUUUGUUCUUAUAUUUUAAUUAUUAUAAAAUCACAUAAAUUUAAAUAAACUUUAUAUAAUAAAAAUGAAUUGUUUAAAAAUAAGUGUAAGUAAAUAUCUUUCGAUCUUCGAUAAAUCGAUCAAAAGAAUAUUUUGCGCCAUCUACAAAACAGAUUCUUUUUAGAUGAAAAGAGAGCACUACAAGUUAAUUCCCCCGCUACGGAUGCCACGACUGAUUGUAAAAGACUCCUCGAUGGUGUGGACGCAGACUCACUUGACAAAUAUCCCUGGAUAAUGCAUUUUUAAAAAGUAGAAAAAUUUUAAAUUGAAGAUCUGCAGGUGGCAAAUUAAGAAAUGUCGUAAUGCGUGACAUAAGUUUUUUAAAUCACGUAAAAAAUCUUUGUCGUUGGAUUUCAAAGUAAAAUCGUUCUAAUCGGUUCUUCGGGUCAUUCGUUUAAUCUGGCAACAAGACGAUACUCUUCGUUCUGUUGAUAUGGCCGUCGUCGAGGAAUUUGAUUAUUUAUGUCGUUUAUGUGCGACUAAAACAGGUAUUCUAAUGGGAUUACCAAUCUUCGAAGCCGGUGAUCAAAUGCGCAACAUUGACAAGAAAAUAGCCGCGUGUUUGCCAGUGCAGGUGUCUAUGACUGAUCAAUUACCAAAAGUAGUAUGUGAAGAAUGUGCUUAUAAAUUAGAUCAGUUAUUUGAUUUUCGUGAAAAAUGUUUACAUACUGAAGGAAUGUUUAUGGAAAUGUUAAAAGAAAUUGCCAAAAACGAAGUUGUUCAUAUAUCAAAACAGGAUUUAGAAGAAGUAGAAGAAAUGAGUAGGAUUCAAAGAAAUAUUAGUAGAAUACAAAACAAUAUUGAAAAUGUACAAAAUCAUGUAACUCCUCAAGAAACAGGAGAACCUACUAUACAUACUAUGCAAGUUAUAGAUGAAAUAGAUUUGGCAGCUAGUGAACAAGUUGUUACACAAGAAGAAAUGGGUCAACAGGAUACUGAUAUUGAGGUUACUGGUAUCGACUGUUUAGAUGGAGAUACUGCUAGAAUGGUGGAUGAACAUAUACGAGAAGUAUCUAAUCAUCAAAUAGCGAUGCAUUUGGAAGGUGAUAUGACUGUAGUUGGAAAUUUAACUGUGAGUGGUCAUUUAAGUCAGUUAGGAAUAAAUUAUGUUACUUCAAUAAAUCCUGAAGAUCAGAGUCGAGAACCAAUUGUACAUUAUUGUGACAGUGUAAAAUAUGAAUCAGUACCAAUAAAACAAGAAUAUCAUAGGUUGCAGGAUAGAUUAACUGCAGAAGAUCCUACAAAUGUACUUGAAACUAAUGUACCACAUGAAAAUUUUACUUCUGCUCAACCAGAAACCAGUAGUGAUAUAGAAGAAACACGUAUAGUUGAAAGUGAAACUCCUAGACAUACGACUACACAAACAAAUAAUAUGGCAUCAACAAGUCAAGUAACAACUGGAAAUUCAGAAAUUUUAGUAGAAUAUACAAAAAGAACUAAGCAUGCAUUAUUAGAAACAACAUUAAAUAAUCCUACAAUUGAUGAAACAGGUUCACACUGGUAUGUAUGUCCAUUUUGUAAUGAAGCAACAUUAGGUUCAAAUAACAUGAUAGCACAUUUUGAACAAUACUUUUGUUGCUGUCCAUGUGGUUUAUAUUUUACAAGUGUAGAUGCCUUAAAUGUACAUAAAGAAAGAUGCGAUGUACAUAAAAAUAAAACAAUCAACAAAGAAAAAGAAGUUAUAGAAUCGGAAUUAGCAUCUUCUCAAAAUGACGUAAAUAUAGAAGAAAAGAAACAAGCAACUGUGAGACAAAAAUGGACUCCAAAAGUUUGUGCUCACUGUGGAAAACAAUACAGAACAAAUUAUAAAUUACAAGAACAUAUGCGGAAACAUACUGGUGAAAAGCCUUUUCAAUGUGUAACUUGUGAAAAAGCAUUUCGUAGUAAAAUUGGACUUGCACAACAUACGGCCACACAUACAGGUCAAUUUGAUUAUAAUUGUUCUACAUGUGGUAAAGGUUUUCAGUCUAAAAGUUAUCUGGUUCUUCACCAAAGAGUACAUUCAGAUUUAAAACCUUUUCCAUGUAAUACUUGUGGACAGCAUUUUAAAACAAAACAAUCUUUAUUGGAUCAUCAAAACAGACAUCUUGGUGUUAAACCAUAUGUUUGCGAAAUUUGUGGUAGAGGUUUUAUAACUAAAGGACUUUGUAAAAGUCAUCAAAAAAUUCAUUCAGGUAUGGAUAAUCGCCAAUAUCCAUGUGUGGUAUGCAAUAAAAUGUUCGUUAGUAAAAGUUAUCUUAACACGCAUUUACGUAUUCACACUGGUGAAAAACCAUAUUUAUGUGAAGUUUGUGGUAAAGGAUUUUUAACAAGAGUUGAUCUCAAAAUUCAUUCGACAAUGCACACAGGAGAAAAAAGCUUUAAAUGCGAUAUGUGUGGAAAAGUAUUUGCCAGAAGAGCAGCAUUAAGAUGUCACAGAAGAUUGCAUACCGGAGAACGGCCUUACAGAUGUGAUGUAUGUGGUAAAACAUUUACACAAUUUACUCCUAUGGCCAUUCACAAAAGAUUACAUACUGGAGAACGACCAUAUGAAUGUGAUGCAUGCGGUAAAACAUUUGUAUCGAGAUCAACUAUGAUGUGUCAUAAAAAAAAACACCAUGGUGCACCUCCCGUGCAAAAGGAUGAACCAGUUCCUCGUAAAAAUGAAAUGAAAAAUAUUUUACCAGCAGAAAUUGUACUUCGAGAUUCUCAAGAAGGAAUUCAAAUUACUGCAGAUUGAAACCUAUAAUCAAAUAUUGGGAAAAAUCGAAGUAAAUACAAACAAUGCACGAUAGAAAAUAAAAUAUCAAGUCUGCAUUUUAUAGGAAGCGGCAUUAGUCACCACGAUGUAUUCCUUUACUGUAGCAUAUUAUAUGUUAAAUUAUAUACACACAAAGAAUAUAUUUUCGAAAAUUCUUUGCAAGAGAAUGUUUUCUAAAGUCACUUAUAGGUAUAGAAAAUAAAAUUAAAUAAUUAUUUACAUUAUCGUCUUUUUUAUAUCGGUAUAUAUUUUACCGAAAUAUGUUGCUAUUUUUAAAAUAUCUACUUUUUUUUAUUUGCAAUUUGUUUUGCUCUAGAAUCUUUCGAUAAUCAAUAAUUAUUGUUAUUGAACUAUAAAAUAUUAUGAAUUUUAAGUUAUAAUAACGAUAAAUAUUAUUUACAAGCUUUUACAAUCAAUGUAUGUAUUUGCAUUAUAGAAUUUAUUUUCUAGCUUGUGAUAAUAAAUUUUUUCAAUGAUAUAUUUUAAGAAUUUAAUAGGAAUACAUUAUGUAAUUUAAAUUUCUGAUCAAAUAAUAUGAUCAAAUAAUAUCUGUUUAUUUUUACAAAAAGCUCAAAUUAUUUAAUAAUUUUUGAACAUAUAAAAUAAAAUUGAGAUAAAUCAAUUUAUUAUUUAUUCAUUAACAUUAUUCUAAAAAAAAAUGCAACGUGUAUUAUAUUGACACGUUAUUUAUUUACAACAUAUUAAAGUAUAUUAGAAAAAUCAUUCGUUUUAAUUAUCACAUGAGAAUUUACAUUUUAUGUUCUGUGUGCAUUAUAACUUGUUAUAAACAUCACGAAAAAAGCAAUCUAAUGCAACGUCUAUUAACUAUAUAGUAAAAAACAUGAUUAUUAUAAGGAAAAUAAAAUAUUUUCUUAUUAAUACCAAUAAAACAUUAAAAUAUUAUUUAUCGAAUUAAAGGCUGAUAGCUACUUUUACUGCAAAGAAAUGCUAUGAAAUGGUGGUUAUCUCAUUAAUAAUAUAAUUUUUAAAAUUUAUAUAUAAAAAAUCUAAAAUUAUAAUCACCUUUAACAUUAUAUUCUUGUGGCAUCUCUGCAGUUCUCUUUUAAACAAAAACAGCUUUCAGCAUUAUACAUAGUAGAAAUUGUGAUAUAUAAUAAUAAAGUGAUUACAUUAUUUGUAAAAUUGUGAUUGUAAUAUUAUUAUUGACAAAAUCUUCUUGAAAAAAUAUAAAAAACUUUACAAUUA